CCCACUUGCAGAUAACCAAACUAAUAUCGCUCUCAACGGAGAGACACGUAUCUGACUUUCAAAUGAAGACAAAUUACUUGUUUCUAUUAGUCUGUACCCUAUCCCUGAUUUUCAUCGGGGUUAAUGGGAAAGUAGAACUGGCCGACUUCUUCCCAUUUGGCGUGGAUCAUGGAGACAAUAUAGUUCCGGAGAAUGAUGAUCAAUUCGUCAACAUUACUUUUUCUCCUGGAUCAGUCUUCCCUUUCUUCAAUACUACACAUAGAAGUUUGUUUGUCAAUAAUAACGGGGCUAUUUCCUUCAUAGCAGGUGUAAGCCAAUUUACCCCGAUAUGUGGUCCUUUAGAUGUCCCCAUGGUGGUCCCCUUUUGGUCCGACGUCGACACGAGAUUUUUUGGGGGGUCUGUCUUUUACCGUGAAUCCACAAAUCGGGACGUGCUAUCCAAGGCGAGAACCGAUGUUGGUCACGCAUUCCCAAAUCUCGCUCAUGUCAACCUUGGAUGGAUAUUUGUCACAACGUGGGACAACGUCUCCUUUUAUGGGGCCUCCAACCCAAGCGAAGGAUGCGAAGGAAAAAAAUAAACGCAACACGUUCCAACUCGCCCUGACCACGGAUGGCUUCCACUCAUUCGCCAUAUUUUAUUACAACAACAUCACUUGGACAACGGGUCACGCCUCAAACGGAAAUCCUUGCACUGGACUCGGAGGACAACCCGCAAAAGCAGGAUUCGACUAUGGAGAUGGGUCAACCUUCUACACAAUUCCUACCUCUUGCAGCGCAGACGUUAUUAAUGUGACAGAAACUAGUAAUGUUGCUUCUCCUGGAAAGUGGGUGUUCCGAAUUGACAACGAGGUGGAACAGGGUGGGUGUGAAGGCGAGGACCUUUCGUCCCUCAGGUUAAGAACGAGCCCCAGUUUCAUAUCGAUAUUGGGCCAUGUUCCGCUGACUUUGACGGGUCCCUGUUUGUCAAAUGCUUCCAGAGUAAAUUGUAUUUUUCAUGAUAGAGAGAAGCAAGUGGUUCCAGCAACUGUGGUGGAUCCAGCUACGGCGGAGUGUCUCGUCCCUUAUCUUUAUACGAAUGGAAGGGUUACGGUAGAGCUAGAGUAUGAAAUUCUAAUUAAUUCCAGCAUCGAACAUCGAAAUGUGUCUGGUUACAUUUACACCAUUCCACCACCAGAUUACAAGCUCAAUUUUUCAAUUCAUGAGAUGGGAUCGGUUCAGGUAACUUGGGACCCCGAAAAUUUUCCCGAUGAAGCACUUUUAGAGAUGGAUGUCGCCCAGUUUAACGGGACUAGCUGGGUUGACCAUGGAGUCCUAGUCGUAUCUGUACCUAAUUCAGGAAUUUACGAAGGACCGGUUAACAACGUUAAUGUUUUAAGCGGGAUAAAUCAAACUUUCGUCGCCUCCCUUAAGCCAUUGUCAGGUUUUGAGGGACAACAUUGGCUUCUUGACAAUUAUUUGUACUCUGGUCUACUCCACACAAACUAUGGCAAAACAGAGAACACUUUUGAUGCAUGGUGUCAAUCAUGGUAUGAAUUAGAUCCCGGUCCACCCACUAAUAUUAGACCUUGUCCCCCAUUGUUAGAGCAGGCCCAGCAAGACCUCAAUUUUGUGCGGGACACUAUUUCCGGUAGUUUGCUCGAGUUUUAUCAUCCCGGUGCGGAAGCUUCAUUCCGAGAAAGGAACCCCAUUGGUCAAUCUGGACAGCAGUGUAUCUACAAAGGGGGGCAAAUCCUAAUUGGGCCUCCGGGAGGGGGAACGGCUGAUUUGUACAGUCCGAACGGGAUUCUGGGCAUACUUGGUCACCAAUGGCAUGACGUGCGCCCAUGGUUCUACUGCUGCAAGUGGAGUGCCAAUCGGGAAGAGUCGUGUAGAAAAUAUUACGCCAAAAGACCAUCCGAUGCAGGUACGACUUAUGUUCCACCCAGGCCUGGAAAUGGGGCUGGUGAUCCACACAUUACUACCUUUGACUUGUUAACAUAUACAUUUAACGGGGUGGGUGAGUUUUGGAUGAUUAAGGACACAGGGUUUGGAAUGCAGGCUAGGAUGGAGCAGUAUGUGAACCCAGAGACGCAGGAAGCCAUGUAUGCCUCAAUAUUUACGGGGUUUUCAUUCCUGGUAAAGGGGGAGGCUCAGGUGGGUGCACAAAAUAGUCAGGUCAAAGUUCAGGUCCAACUACUCCCCCAGAUUCAGGGUGGAGGAAUGCAGGUCCUUUUAGACAGCGUCGCCAUUGACUUGUUAAGCGACGAUAUGGAGCCCCUCACUAUUUCUCAUUUUGGUGUUUUCAUAACCAUCCUUGGGAGAAGGCAGGUGACGCUGGCAUUCUCCUUGGGCUACACUUUUAAUUUCAUUUCUUUGGAUGGGGUAUCCAUAAAUAUUGAGGCUUCAGCCAGUGCCCAACUUCGUGGGUUAGGAAAUCCGAGGGGACUUUUAGGUAUUUUUGACGGGGACAAUGCAAAUGAUUUGACUGAUCCUGACGGAAACAUUCUCCCAAUUACAUCAAACACUGAAACUAUUCAUCGUAGUUUCGGGACGAAAUGGAAGACUACGGAAGCUGAUAGUUUGUUCAGCUAUAGACCAGGUAAAAGUCAUGCCAGCUAUCAAAAUGAGGGGUUUUUGCCAAGUUUUGGUACCCCAGGUUGGUCCACGUUGCCUGAAAAUGUUCGAGAGACAUGUGGCAAUGAUCAGGCUUGUGUUUUUGACUAUGUGAACACAGGAAGCAUCACGUUUGCCAAUAACACGAAACAGGUUGGUUUCGUUUCAACGAAACUUUGGAACUUGUUGAGAAGGUUGUGCUAAUGUGUGAGCAACCGUUAAAUCCGAAAAAUGGGUAUUUUUCUGCAGACAAUUUUUUUGUCGGGUCUGUAGCUACUUUUCAUUGUAAUAAGGACAAAUCUUAUACGCUGGUUGGGAAGAAUUCCAGCACCUGUUUGAGUGACGGUGAUGGGGACAGAGUGAGAUGGUCCAAUCCUGUCCCAGAAUGUACAGUGACCCAAAGUGGGGACGGGUUCAGAGCUUUGGGCGAUAAGUUUCUUUUUUCAUUCACUUGCAUCCUGAUGGUUGUUUCAUAUGCGAUUGGAAUUUAAGUAAAGUAUAAUGCGCUUAUAAUACUUUAAUCUCUUUAAUUAUCCAUAAAUAAUUAACUGUGAUACAUAGAUAAAUAAGUUUAGUUUCAAAUUUUCAACAUCUAGAUAAUUAUAAAUUAUAAGUAAUAAAAUUAAGAUUACAGUAUGCCAAACGCUAAA